AUGGCCUUGUACGACAACCCCGCUGUCGUCCUCGCAUUACGCCUGAUCCAAGCAACCUUUGCCAUUAUCGUUCUGGGAACCUCUGCAUUCGUCGCACACUGGUGGAAUAGCUAUUACAAUGGCAUCGCCCACUCCCCCUCAUCCAUCAACUUCCUCAUCUUCUGCGCCGUCUGGUCACUCCUCGCCCUCGUCUACCUCAUCCUCGUCCCGAUGCUAUUCGCCAACACAGUCUUGCACCACAAAUUCGCCAUUCUGGGCCUCGAGGCCGUGACGAUGCUCUUCUGGUUUGCAGGAUUCAUCGCACUCGCCGUCUUUCUGCCCGGUCGCGGGUGCACGGGGACCGUGUGUGGGUCGGCGAGAGCGGCUUGCGUGUUUGGCGCAUUCUCUUGGUAA